CCAGGCCAAACUUUCUGAAGUUCGGAAGGGGGCAGGGGUGUGCGCGCCGUGGGCUGAGGAAUGGGGAUGAGGGACCCUGGGCAUCGGCGCCCAGCUGCGCCCGAGGGGCAGCUGCCUGUUAGGAAGUGGAGCCUGGGGGUGGAACUCAGUCCUGACACUGAGGGAAGAGCGAGUGAAGAGUGACCCUAAGGGAGAGAACUGGAGAAUCCCUGAGGCGUGGCUUCCACAGCCAGGGGUCUGAAGAGAGGGUCUUCUGGAGAGGACGGCAGGGGAAUUGAGCUGGUGAGUUGGCCUCAGGCCAUUAGGGAAUUGGGGACCGGCCACCUCUGACUCUAAGGGAAUGGUGACAGCAGCAGCUGGUUUAGUAGAGCCCCAGCCGCUGGAGCAGGGGCAAACCCUGUCCUGCUCAGUCCUCAGGGCCUUGCCUCUAAGGCCUCACUCACUCUCCGCCAGUGUGGUUUCCGCUGGAGGCCCAGGCAUGUCUUCCCCGGUGUGGUCAGGAGGGUCCAGUGGGGUCUGAGACCAUCCUGAAAGGUAGAGGAGGAUAGGCCAAACUCUGGCACUAAGCAGCGAGCCAGAGGGCAGGGCUUCCCCACCCCCACUUCUUGGUCCUGGUUCCUCGCGCUCUGAGUCAGACACUGUGCUUGCUGUGUCCCCAUGGGCCUCUCCACCUGGCAAGGUGAAGGCCAAGGGAGCCCUGGUGUCCACUUUCCUUUCCUGCAUCUGGGCAGUCUGGGUGGCCUGCGGUGGAGACUGGGAGAAGAGCUGCCCCUGCCUUUUUUUGGGAGAACCAAGAGACUGGGAUGGUGAGGGGAGCUGGGACAGAGUCACGUGAGACGAUAACUCCCAAAGGAGCUGAGGGUGGGGGUGGGGGAGGCUGGCUCUGUGACAUCUGAAGGGAGUGAGCUUGUUCUUUGUGGUCCAGUAAGUAGGAAGAAGGGGAAAAGAGUGUUCUGGGCUCAGUGUAUGAUGAUUCUUUGGGCAGAUGGAACGUUGUAAGAUAGGAUGGGCUGCUGAGGAGUUAGGGAGCCCUCUGUCCCUGGAGUAUGUGAGCAGAGGUUGGUGACCACACUGGGAGGGGCCUGGCAAAGCACUGGAGGCUUCUCAGAAACAAACGGCCCUGGACUGCAUGGCUCUGUGAAUCUCCGGGUGGGCUGAGAGGUUGUCCAGGCCUCCAGGUUCCUGCUGCCCUGCCCCCAUCCCGGGGUGGAGAACUGCCCCAAGUAAAAUACUCGGGAUCCCACCUCUCCACCCCCUCCUCCAGCUUCCUAGCAGAACCUGAUAGGGGAAUCCCUGGACUAGAAUGGAAGGAAGAUCCUUAAUGACCUAAAGGUUGUGCCAUCAAGCAGCCAUUGGUGCUUGGACUCCUUGAGCAGCCACUUCAGGGUUGCCAGGCAGCGCAACAUUAUACUUGGGAAGGUGAGCACUGAAGUUGGACCACCCCCCUUCUCUGUCCUGUGUCCUAGUCCAGCGCUGCUACUAGUAAGUGAUGUGACCACUGGCAGAUCACCGAACCUCUUUUCAUGUCCUCAUCGGUAUCCCCUCCUCAAGAUGAGGGUAAUAAUAGCAUCUUUCUCUUUCUGUGAUGCCUGUGAAGUGUUUGUGGGAGUUGCUGGCACAUGCUAAACUGUCAGUAAAUAACUCUUAUUUUUAUCUCAAUACUGCACAGUGGUAAUAGGGAUUUAUUCGUUCAUUCAUUCAGUCAGUCAGUAACAAAUAUUUAUUAAGUCUUACUUCAUACCGGGCACUGUGCUGACACUGGGGAUACAGAAAUAAAUAAAAUAGAAGAGGUCUCGGCCCUCCUGGGCAGGCAAUCUGCAGGGAGAGACUGAUAAGUGAAAAGGAAACUCAAACACAAGGGGGCUGGUUUAAAUAGGUGGUUGGGGAAGCUUCUGCAGGAAGUGGCCUGUGAGCUGAAAGACCCAGUCAGCCUGGGGAAGAGGUAGGCAGAGUUCAGGCAGAAGGCCCUGAGGAGAAUGGGCUCAGCUGGGUGCCUUCGAGGAAUGGAAAGGAGGUGCAGUGUGUUCCCUGGAAGAAUGUUCAAGAGUUAGUCCAGGGCACAUCCUAGAGACCACAGUGAGGGGCUGAGGUUUGAUUCUAAGUGCAGUGGGAGAGCUCUUACACCGAAGGGGUUUAAGCAGCGAUGGGAUGAGAGGUGCAUUUAAGAUGCACACUCUGCCCGUCUGUGAGGGGCUAGAGUGGAGACCAGAGAUGACCAUUAACAUCCAGAGAGCCAUUUUAAUGGUUUUCAAAGCUUUCACAAACAUUGUCUCACAACUUACUUUAAAUGCAGUCUGGGAAGUCCAAGGUGUGGAAUAAGAAUUGCUUCUCUGUCUCCGUAGCUCAGAGAAGGAUUCCAAGGAGAAGCUGCAGAGCCAGGAAAUGGCAGAGGACUUUGAAUUCCUCCUCAGUGGAGAGGAGGGGGCCACCUGGGAGGCCAGAAUGCAUCCAGACAGAUGUCAGAGGGCCAGUUCCCAUCCUUAGUAGUUAGAGGGGACUCUGCCCCCAGGAGCUACUGGGGGCAACUCCUCUAGGGGGCACAAGUAUGGGACCCUGCUGAUGCCCAUAUAAAGAUGCCUGAGAUGGGGCAGUGGCGGGGGCUGCUUCCCAGUAGGGGACGACCCCCUGCUGUUCCUCACUGCUGCCUUCUGGUCCCCCAGCUGCCUCUGGGACUGUCCUUCUCAGGGUCAGCCAGUUCCCUGCUGCAGUGCAAGGCACCAGCAUGCUCAUCUCCUCCCACAUCCUGUCCCCCACCACAGCCAGCCUGGCCCUGUGCCCCUUGCCUUGCCCUCCCGACCAGCUUCCUGACUCGCAGAUACUGGCUUCCACCCUGAGAGCCCACAGCUCCUCUGCUGUCUCUGUCCACCUCAGCUUGAGAAUGUCUUUCUCUGCUCACUGUGUGGCCAGGUCUGACAUCACCAGCUUCAUGUACACUCGGUUCAGUGGGGCUGCAGCCACCUUUCCUGGGGGCUGCCCAGUCCAGGGUGCCCUCCCCAGUGUGGGUACAGAAUGGGGUCUGCUGCCUCCUCUCCACCCUGCCCUCCCUCUUGCAGGUGUCUCUUCUCAGAUAGGGGUAGACACCCCCACUCUCACUGGGCACCUUCCAAGAGAUCAGAGGGCUGGCUGGAUGCCAGGCACUGAAGGCUUGGUACCAAGGUGUAGAGGUGGGGCCCUGCCCUAAGGUGGCUGUCCGUCCGACAUGUGAGAUGACUGCCCUGCUCUGACGGGGGAGGGGAGGGGCAGGAAAGACUCAGCCCAAUGGUCCAGAGUAUCUGAAGGCCUUGGCUUCUCUCCUGCUUUACGUGUGACCAUUUCCUAGUCCCCUUCCAUGAAUAAUAAUAAUAAGGAUGACAGCAUUUACUGAAUGCUGAGCCUAUGCCAAGAGCUUUUCAUUCAUUCAUUCAUUCACCAAACAUUUAUUGACAUUCUUCUGGGCUCUAGGAAUACAUCCGUGAGCAAAACAACAAAACACUUUGUCCUCAUGGACAUGACAUUGCUUAAGGGGAGAAACACAGAAGAACACAAUAUACACUUAUACACAGAAAUACACUUCAGGACGAGAGGUGGUAAUAAGUGCUAUGGGAGAAACAAAGUGGAGGAUGAGGGAGGGCUGGAGUUUUAAAUACAGUGGUCAGGGUGGCCUUCCUGAGAAGAUGCCACCUGAGCAAGGAAUUGGAGGCAGGGAAUUCCAGGCGCAGGGGACAGUGAAUGCCAGCUGGGAUGGAAGGACCUUGAGAAGGCCAUGGUGGCUGGAGGAGAGUGAGCAUGAGGAGACGUUAGUAGGAGAUGAGGUCAGAGACUGGAGGGGCAGGGAGGGGGCAGCCAGACACUGCUCACAUAGCCUUCCUAGGUUCAUGCCAGGGCUCUGUCCUCAGAGAGGGAACUGUGGGUGGCUUCAGGCAGAGCUAAGGUGAGAUGGGACUGGUUUUAACAGGAAUACUGGCUACUGUAAUGAGAAGGGAUGAUGGGAAUCCAGAGUAACAGCAGGGAUUCCAGGCAGGGGUGGUGGUGAUGGAGGUAGUGAGAAGUGGUCAAAUUCUAGAGGUAUUUUGAAGGUAGUCCCAACAGGAUUUACUGAUGAUGGAGUUGGAGGAAAACAUGACAAAGUGUUUUGUCUGAGUGACUUGAAGAAUGGAGUCGCUAUUAACUGAGAUGGGGAAGACUGAGGUAGGAGCUGGCUGCGGGGAGAUCAGGAACUCGCUGUUGGAUUUGUGCAGUUGGUAGCAAGCUUCCAAGGGAGGCAUCAAGGAGGCUGGCAGCUAAAUACAUGAAGGUUCAAGGAAGAGAGAGAAACCUGGGAGUGGAUGGAGUUAAGAGACUGAAUGAGGUCACCUGGGAAGCUCAGACAAGGACAUCCCCAGGGUGGCCUUGGGAGAUAAGGAAGGAUCAGUCUAGAAGGCUGAUAAGGAGUGGUCAUGGAGGCAAGGGGCAUGAGAAGCACCAGGAGGGCAUCCUAGAAGCCGGGGGGGAGGGUGCUUCAGAGGCUGUGGUCCAGCGAGUCAUGCUGCUAGGCCAGGCCAGAAGAGGACUUGCACAGAGAGUGGAGAGAGGAAGGGGACAGCUGGUGGAGACAGCUCUUCCUAGCUGCAUUAUCUCAUGCUCUAUCUCACCGGACACUCACACUUCCCUCCUGUGUUUUAUAGCUGAGGGAACCCGCUCAGGGAAUGUAGGUAACUGGGGGAGUGGCAGAGCUGGGCAGGGGGCCCUGGUGAUAGUCACACAGUGCCUCUCGCUCCUCCAUCCCUUCUGUGUCUCAUCUUCCAGACACCAGCCAGACGUCCUAUGUGCCACCUACACCGCCGGGCACUGAGGAGAUGGUGCUGAUGUGACAGCCUCUCCCCAAGGAGUGUGGUGUGCUAGAACGUCCCACUCCCAGGCAAUGAGGGUGGCUUCACACAUGAGGACUCAGGGCUGGGUCUUGGAGGAUGGAUGGGAUUUGGUCAGGCAAGGAAGGUCACAAAAGGGGGACAGGGAAAGCUGGGAAGAGGGUGGGCAUAUACACUUUGAAGUGUGAUGGGACCAUCUAGGGAAGUGUCUGGGUGUGAUGAAGAGGAUGCAGGAGCCAGAGAGCAGGGCUGUGGAGGCGCAGCACUCAGCUUUCCCUUCGAGAGAGACCUGCCACAAGGAGCAGUGAGUUGCCAGCCUGCAGCUGCAGGUUGUGCCUUCAGGCUCUGCCUCAGCCUCCCAGCCAUGGCCAAGCACCUCCUGGGCCACCCCCAGCUCUGGUACCAGAGCUCCCAUCUCCAGGCUGUCUCUGCCCUGGAGCUUCCCGUUAGCUGGCCAAGGUCCUCUCCAAGCUGAGCUGUUGUCUGAAGCUCUUCCUUCCCCUUCCUUGCACGGAUGUCAGGCCAGCUUGGUGGUCUGAAGUCUUUCCCUGCUGGCUCCUACUCCUGCCUCCUUAUUGUCCAGAAGUGUGACCCCCCCCCGGUGAAUCUCUUGCACUCUGACUCUCUCUUGGUCUUUGCUUCCCAGAGAACCGGACCAAUAACGAGGUCUUAGAUUUCACCUCUGUCCUCCCCACUGGGCAAGACCCCUUUGCUCUGUUGCGGCCUCAGCACGCCCACGUGGAAAUACUGUAUCGGCGGAAUGCUUUCCCUCUGAAGAACACUGUCUUCCCAGCCAGGCCCGGUGGGAGUGCUGGGUGGACACUCUUGUGUCGUCUGCAGGGUCUUUGCACACUUCUAAUAAAUGUGGAUGUUGAUUUUCAUAUUUGCUGAAAAAGAAAGUGGUAUCUGAAUCCAAAGCACAAAAGAGAUACAGUGCCCUGUGAUCUGUGUGGCAGCGGGAACGUGGGUGCGAUGGUGCCACAGGGGAGGGCGACAUUUCCUCCCUGGCCGGUUAGGGAGGCCUCCCGGCAGAAGUACUGUUUGUGCAGAGUCCUCGGGUGAACAAUGCUUUUCUAGACAAAGGGUGGCAGGGGCUUCUAAGCCUGAGGCCAACAGGGAGCUAAAAGCAGGAGGAGAGUGACUGUCCCAGUGACCUGUCUGCCUAUCUUUUACAGAAAGGAAGGCAGAAGAAGCCACGGCCGCUAGACCCCGGCGAGGGCUCCAAGGACACAGACAGCUCAGCUGGGCGGAGGGGCAGUGCAGGCAGAAGGCGAUGGGCGCUGCGGGGGCCGCGCCUGAGAGCCCCGGCGUGCCCGUGGCCAAGGUGGUGCGGGCGGUAACCAGCCGGCACAGGGCCAGCCGGCGGAUCCUGCCCACCCCACCCCCAGAGGCCCCGGGCCGCCAGAACCUGAGUGGGGCAGCUGCUGGGGAGGCGCUGGUUGGGGCAGCCGGCUUCCCACAUGGAGACACAGGGAGUGUGGAGGGUGCCCCCCAGCCCACAGACAAUGGCUUCACGCCCAAGUGCGAGAUCGUGGGCAAGGACGCGCUGUCUGCACUGGCUCGGGCCAGCUCCAAGCAGUGCCAGCAGGAGAUCGCCAACGUGGUGUGUCUGCACCAGGCCGGGGGCCUCAUGCCCAAGGCUGUACCCCGGCACUGUCAGCGGGCUGGAAAGAUGAGCCCCGGCAUCCAGUGGGAUGAGGUCCGGGCCCAGCAGCCCGUGGAUGUCCCCCCAGUACGAAUCGCCUACAUGCUGGUGGUUCAUGGCCGUGCCAUCCGCCAGCUGAAGCGUCUCCUCAAGGCUGUCUACCACGAGCAGCACUUCUUCUACAUCCACGUGGACAAGCGCUCCAACUACCUGCACCGCGAGGUGGUGGAGCUGGCUCGGCAAUAUGAUAAUGUGCGGGUGACACCCUGGCGCAUGGUCACCAUCUGGGGUGGGGCCAGCCUGCUGAGGAUGUAUCUGCGGAGCAUGCGGGACCUGUUGGAGGUGCCUGGCUGGGCGUGGGACUUCUUCAUCAACCUCAGUGCCACCGACUACCCGACCAGGACCAAUGAAGAGCUCGUGGCUUUCCUGUCCAAGAACCGGGACAAGAAUUUCCUGAAGUCGCAUGGCCGGGACAACUCCAGGUUCAUCAAGAAACAGGGCCUGGACCGGCUCUUCCAUGAGUGUGACUCCCACAUGUGGCGCCUGGGCGAGCGGCAGAUCCCCGCAGGCAUCGUGGUGGACGGCGGCUCUGAUUGGUUCGUGCUGACGCGCAGCUUUGUGGAGUAUGUGGUGUACACAGACGACCCACUGGUGGCCCAGCUACGUCAGUUCUACACGUACACACUGCUCCCAGCUGAGUCCUUCUUCCACACGGUGCUGGAGAACAGCCCGGCCUGCGAGAGCCUCGUGGACAACAACCUGCGGGUCACCAACUGGAACCGCAAGCUGGGCUGCAAGUGCCAGUACAAGCACAUCGUGGACUGGUGCGGCUGCUCCCCCAACGACUUCAAGCCGCAGGACUUCCUUCGGCUGCAGCAAGUCUCCAGACCCACCUUCUUCGCCCGGAAGUUUGAGUCGACUGUGAACCAGGAGGUACUGGAAAUCCUGGACUUCCACCUGUAUGGCAGCUACCCCCCCGGCACCCCGGCCCUCAAGGCCUACUGGGAGAACACCUACGACGUGGCCGACGGCGCCAGUGGGCUCAGUGAUGUCAUGCUCACCGCUUACACUGCCUUUGCCCGCCUCAGCCUGCGCCAUGCCACCACCGCUACAUCCCCACUGGCCAACCCACUCUGCAGGUUUGAGCCCAGGGGCUUGCCGUCCAGCGUGCACCUGUAUUUCUAUGACGACCAUUUCCAGGGCUACCUGGUGACGCAGGCGGUGCAGCCCUCAGCCCAGGGGCCGGCAGAGACGCUUGAGAUGUGGCUGAUGCCCCAGGGGUCGCUGAAGCUGUUGGGGCGCAGUGAUCAGGCCAGCCGGCUCCAGAGUUUGGAGGUUGGCACCGAGUGGGACCCCAAAGAGCGUCUUUUCCGGAACUUUGGGGGGUUGCUGGGGCCCCUGGAUGAGCCUGUGGCCAUGCAGCGCUGGGCCCGAGGCCCCAACCUCACAGCCACCGUGGUGUGGAUCGACCCCACCUAUGUGGUGGCCACGUCUUACGACAUUGCAGUAGAUGCGGAAACCGAGGUCACGCAGUACAAGCCCCCACUGAGCCGGCCCCUGCGGCCAGGGGCCUGGACUGUUCGACUGCUUCAGUUCUGGGAGCCACUGGGUGAGACCCGCUUCCUCGUGCUGCCCUUGACCUUCAACCGCAAACUACCUCUCAGGAAAGAUGAUGCCAGCUGGCUGCAUGCCGGGCCACCCCACAACGAGUAUAUGGAGCAGAGUUUCCAGGGACUGAGUGGCAUCCUGAACCUGCCUCAGCCAGAGCCUGCGGAGGAGGCCGCCCGGCUGCAUGCAGAGCUCACGGGCCCCGCGCUGGAGGCCUGGGCAGAUGGGGAACUGAGCAGCUUUUGGUCUGUGGCUGGACUGUGUGCCAUGGGCCCCUCCGCCUGUCCCUCCCUGGAGCUCUGCAGACUGACCAGCUGGAGCUCUCUGUUCCCUGACCCCAAAUCGGAGCUGGGGCCUGUCAAAGCAGAUGGGCGACUCAGGUAGCAGGGCCCCAGCCAGCGCUCCCAGAUGACCUGGGGAAUUGCACCUUACAAACAGCGGAGGGGCGUCCUCCUCAUAGGCAAGAACCAGAGGCCCAGGCAGUGCACCCACGUCAGCCAUCAAGAACGCAUGUGGACGGCAGGGAAGGUGGCCACAAUACUACUGCUGACGGCUCUGCUAGGGACCAGACAUUGGCAGGAACAUGGGCUCCAGCUUCCAGGGCCCACUCUUCCUCACCUUCCCCUCUGAUUUUUUUUUUUAAAGGAAAAUGGGUGGUGGAGGAUGAACUGGAAACAAAAGAUGUGCAAUAGGGCUCAGAGCAGCCCCAGGAAGUGGGCCAUGGCCCUGGGGAGCAGGGGCCUGACGAGCCCGUCUGCUGUUGCUCCGGGGGAGGCUGGACCUGCCUCGCUCUCCAGGACCUCAUUCCCCAGCCUCGGCCUGUGGUGCUCACGGCCGAGGUUCUGUGGGGUGCAAGUGCGGUGCCAGGCUCUGAGGCCCGGAGAACAGGCGAUUUAGGGGAGCACUGUGGAGCUGGAUGCUAAUGGGUCAGCCUCUCCUCUUGCAGCCAGGGGACCACAGAAGAAGGGGUGGGGCUGGCUCCAGGGCUUUCCAGUAUACCCUGCCCCUGAUGAGAAUAGCAGGGCACUGGGGCCUACCGGGGCUAUGGCAGUCUCCCAGGUACCCGGAACUGCAAGCAGGGCUGGGGCUCCCGCCCUGCAGGGGCAAGCCCUCGUGAGCAGCAUGGGAAGAAGACUCUGCCGGGGCUCUCAGAAGAACCUGGAGCAGCAUUGUGCCUGAAGCUCAGUGUCAAGUCUGAAAUAUGCAACAGAAGAAAUAUAUCUCUCUCUCUAAA